GACGCACGUGCGCGUCGGACUAUAUCGGGACGUCCCCAGCUGUCCGCGGCAGAAAACCCGACCAGGUGGCUCCUUAUGCGCCGGGCCGAGCCGACAACAGCUCGCCGCUCGCGCUAAUCUGCACCGGUGACGCCGGCAGUGCGCGUAAAACCUGGAGUGCGCUUGUUUUGGGGGAUUUGUGGCUCCGACCCCUUCCGACUCGCCAUUGGACACUCCUGGCUGAGUUGGAUACGAUGCCUCUUUUUCUUUGGGUUCUAUAAAGAUUUAUUAUUAUGAUGAUUUUAUUUUUUUAAGACUCACACUGUUAUCAUGUUGCCAGAGAUAAAUAAGACGUCACCCCCGGAGGCAUUCCCUCACAGACAGCAAGCAGAGGGCAGUCGUCUUGGGACCAACCGAUCCUGCUUACAGCAGUUUGGCCCAGGAGUAGGAACUUUGCCUCAGCUCGAGCCUCCGGUAGUCCAGGUGGUGGUCAGUAAUGCCAAGAAUCAGCACCAGCAGCAGUCUGACCACAUGCUGCCCCAAAUUGUCAAUCAGGGGGUCCAGAACUACUAUCAAACAAACACAGUUGAGAGCCAGAAGCCCACUCAGCAAUUCACCGUGCGAUUUGGUGCAGCCAUGGCUAAAAUAUCAGUGUCUCGCAACACCAAACUCUUCAGCAACAGGCUGAAUAAAGAAAAGGCACCCGAGGGUCGCAGGCUACCGAUGUCUCCUUCAGACUCAAUCUACAACUUCCAAGAUCGUCUGACAGAGUUUGAGAAGGAGGAAAUAAUGGACUACGCAGAGAUCUGGUUCCACGGGCUGUGCUCUCAGAAGAUAGAGGGUUCCCGAGAUGCACCGCAGAACUGUGGAUAUGAUGAUGAACAUGGGAGCUACAUCAGGGUACUGCAUGACCACAUCGCCUACAGAUUUGAAGUACUUGAAGUGAUUGGAAAAGGCUCCUUUGGGCAGGUUCUGAAAUGCUUGGACCACAAGACCAACGAACUUGUAGCUGUUAAGAUGAUCCGCAACAAGAAGAGGUUUCAUCACCAAGCUUUAGUUGAGCUGAAGAUUCUGGAUGUGAUAAAGAGGAAAGACAAAGACAACGUUCACAACGUCAUCCACAUGAAGGAGUACUUCUACUUCCGAAAUCACCUCUGCAUCUCCUUUGAGCUUCUCGGGGUGAACUUGUAUGAGCUCAUCAAAAAGAACAACUUCCAGGGCUUCAGUGUGGCUCUCAUCCGUCGCUUCACCCAUGCUCUGCUCAGAUGCCUGCAGAUGCUCCACAGAGAAAAGAUCAUACACUGCGACCUCAAGCCGGAGAACAUCCUUUUGUCUCAGAGAGGACCAGGAAACAUCAAGGUGGUCGAUUUUGGAUCAAGCUGUUACGAACAGCAAAGAGUGUACACCUACAUCCAGAGCCGGUUCUACCGCUCCCCAGAGGUCAUCCUGGGUCACCCCUACAGCGUGGCCAUUGACAUGUGGAGUCUGGGCUGCAUCCUGGCUGAGCUCCACACUGGGUACCCUCUCUUCCCUGGGGAGAGUGAAGUGGAGCAGAUAGCAUGCAUCAUGGAGCUUCUUGGAAUGCCUCCUAAUGAUUUUGUUCAGUCGGCAUCCAGGAGGAGAUUGUUUUUUGACUCAAAAGGAAAUCCCAGAAACACUACCAAUAGUAAGGGGAAGAAACGAAGACCCAAUUCCAAGGAGCUGUCAACUACACUGAAGACAAACGAUGCUUUAUUCUUAGACUUCAUCACACGCUGCCUCACUUGGGAUCCAACUAAACGGAUGACACCGGAUGAGGGUUUACAGCAUGACUGGAUCCUGGAGGGGAAAUUCAACAAGGUGAAGCCUACAACCAAAUCAUCCGGGAAGAAGCCUACAGACAGUGUGACAGCCACAGAGCAAAAUGGUGACGACAAUUACGGCAAACGAGCUAACGGCAAAUCCGUGGAGAGGUUCAGCAACGACGAAAACAGUGACGACGACAAGCUGAAGAGACACAGUUCAGGCACAAAGACGACUCCGGGCGAACGUCUGCAGCCUAUCGGGGCGUCGGCGGAGGACGAGGUGUGUGACACUGAGGAUUCGAAAUUUGAGGGUUUAGAGAGGCCUGUUCACAUCUUCAUCAAACCUCAGGAGGAAAAGGGCACAGAGGUCCAAGAGAGCCUCGUGCUCUCUCGGUGUUUGCCUCAUAUAAUGAAGUAAGAGCAGAAGAGAGCUGUGCUUCAUUCAAGGAAAGGAAAACGGGAAACUUAAAUGGGUCCUGAGAUUUGCACCUGCUUUUCCCUUCAUUAGUCAGGGAUACAAACUAAAAUGGUAUGAGCCAAUUCAAAGGAGAAUGGCCGGUCCAUUAUGAUUAUGAACAUUUGUUUCAAUAUUCAUGAAGAUAUAGCACUGACAGUAUGUUGUUAUGUUGUUUGUCAUGUUUGGAUGUGUUUGUCGGCCACAUGGUAAUGCUCAGAAAAUGUAGUUUAAACCUUUUUUAUUCUUGUUAUUCAUUGGGCAUAAUCUUUGCUGAGAACAUUCUAAUUCUUUUCUUUUUCUUUUUUUAAAUUCCCACCUGUCCUUUACAAUCCGUCUCAUGUUUAACUAUUAAAGUGUGUCUGGAAUAUAAGCCAAGCCAAAACUGUUUUGUAUACAGAGACACAAUGUCAUCUACUGAUUAACUGAAGCAGAAAUAUCGCUUGUUAAUUAUUAGAUUUUUUUUGUUUGAGCAAAUGUUUUGUAUAUGAUUAGGAAACUAUGUGCACCUCAAUGAUCAUGUAUUUGUGAUUAGUUAUUGUAUUUUGUGUCCAAAAUAUGUGUAGUACAGAAUAUCUAUUUAUUGUUACUGUAAGAUAAUAUUUUGAAUGUGUGGUACUAAUAUUUUGACACGAGAAACUAAAAGACAAUCUUAGUUUGUGCCUUGCAGUAUUAGAUAUCUUGAACUUUACUGAUGUGUGUAAAUCUGGACUAGAAACUGGUGGAUUCUUAGAUUUGUCCAGUACAAUAAGAAACCUCCAUGCUUUUUUUCUAACAGUGAAAUGCUUAUUUAUCUUAAUGUCGAUGAUUUUUGUCUUGCGAUUUUUGUCCAGUUUGAAACAGACAACAGUGCCCUUCGUGACAAUCAGGCCAGCCAUCACAGAUUCUAAUAGAAUGGAGGAGAUUGAACAUAACAUAUAAAAAGUGAAUAGUUUUCAUGUAUUUUAUGCAAGAAUAAAAUAUUAUUUCAUA